AUGUUUCGCAUUGCACGUGUCGUUCGGGCCAGGGCGUUCUCUAGCUCACGGUAUGUCCAGGCAUUGAAGCCGUUUCUUUUGGCAGACGUCGGUGAGGGCAUCAAAGAGUGCGAGGUCAUCCAGUGGAUGAUCCAGCCCGGUGCCCGUCUUGAGGAGUUUGAUCCAGUCUGUGAGCUUCAGAGCGAUAAGGCGACUGUUGAAAUCACGUCGCGGUUCAGCGGUGUGGUCAAAAAACUCCACUAUGAUGUUGGAGAUAUGGCGCAAGUUGGCCAACCUUUGUUGGACAUGGAAGUAGCUGACAAUACUGUUACUGACGAGCCUGAGCCUGUACAAAAUACGCAAGAGCAGGAUUCCCUCGCUCCGGCAACUGAGUCCGAGCCCGUAGAGCCCCCACAGCACCCGACAUCCGACUUUAUUAAAGCCUUGGCAACUCCAGCCGUACGUCGGUUGUGCCGCGAGAACGAUAUUGACAUUACAUCUAUCAACGGUUCAGGUAAAAGUGGCCGAGUCAUGAAGGAGGACGUUCUUGCUUUCCUGGCGGGCGGCUCUUCCGCGGCCACCGGCACGGCAGCCGCGCCUGCUUCAACUUCGAUCCCAGAAGUGGCUUCUUUGACGCCCAUUAAGGGUGUUGCCAAGCAAAUGUUCGGCUCAAUGAGUGCAUCGACGUCUAUUCCUCACUUUUUAUUCACAGAAGAAAUCGUUAUGAACAAACUAAUGGCACUACGCAAGCGGGUCAACUCCUCUCUUACAGGCGGCCAAAAGCUUUCUUACAUGCCCUUCAUGAUCAAAGCACUUUCACUGUCCAUCAAAACGGCUCCGAUCGUCAACAGUCGGUACGUUGAAGAUCCUGUCAAGGGACCAUGCAUCGAGACACGACCGGCGCACAACAUUUCAAUUGCCAUGGACACUCCUCAGGGUCUGGUGGUACCGGUCAUCAAAAACGUCGAGCGCAAGAGUGUGAUGGAAAUCGCCAACGAUCUGGUCCGCCUGCAAGAACUUGGUGCCGCAGGAAAGCUCACCAGCGACGAUCUCCAGGGCGGAACGAUCACCCUGUCCAACAUCGGUACUGUCGGUGGAACCUACGUUGCUCCUGUGCUUGUAUCCUCCCAGGUUGCCAUUGGUGCAGUUGGUGCUAUUAAAAAACGUCCAGUCUUUGAUGAAAAUGAUAAUAUAGUGGCAGCGCAUGUCAUGAUGACCUCCUGGUCGGGUGAUCAUCGCAUCUUAGACGGUGUCACGCUAGCUAAAGCAGUUAUGCGAUGGAAGCAUUACUUAGAACAACCCGAAGAUAUGCUGCUAGAGCUUGUUUGA